CUUCCCCCUGGCUUCUCCUUCAAGCUAUACUCUCAUUCUCUCUCCUCCGACCACAGUCGUCUGUUCCUCCGCUUCACAUUCUCCUACGGGUGUUUCGAUUGAGUUGUACAGCAGAUGUCUGUUGAUAUCUGCAAGAAGAAUCCAUCGUUUCUUUGGUGUGACUGUGGUUAUAUGAGCAGAGGGAGGUUGUGGUGCUUUCAGACAAUCCACUUUUACUUUAAACCUUUCAGUUCAACCCCCUUCUAGUUUUCUUCUUCUUCUUCUUCUUCUUUCUUCUUCCUAGCUUCUUCACAAUUCACUGUCGUUUCUUUUUUUAGUCAAGAGUGUUUGAUUUUGCUCAAUCUUGUUACUGUGUGAGUCUGAGAGUUACUGGUGAGGGAAGUUACUUAGUUUAGUGAAAGUACUCUCCUUUGGGUUUCUUCUUUCCUAUGGGGAAAACUAACUUGGCACCUGGAUUUCGGUUUCAUCCGACUGAUGUUGAACUUGUGAGAUAUUACUUGAAGAGGAAAGUAUUGGGGAAAAAGUUCCGAGUUAAUGCCAUUGCUGAGAUUGACAUUUACAAGUUCGAACCACCUGAUUUACCUGAGAGAUCAUGUCUCGGGACUGGAGAUCUCAAGUGGUACUUCUUCUGCCCAAGAGAAAAGAAGUAUCCCAAAGGCGGUAAGGCUAACCGCUCGACUGAAUGUGGUUACUGGAAGACCACAGGAAGAGACAGAGAUGUUUCUUACAAUGACCAAGUCGUGGGGAAGAUAAGAACUCUGAUUUAUCACUUCGGGAAAAUACCUCGUGGUGAUCGGACUGAUUGGGUCAUACAUGAAUAUAGACUUGAAGACCAAGUACUCGCUCAAAAGAAUGUUCCUCAGGAUAGUUAUGUGCUUUGCGUUCUCUUUAAGAAAAAUGGGCUUGGACCAAGACAUGGAUCUCAGUAUGGAGCUCCAUUUAAGGACGAGGAUUGGAGUGGUGAGGAAGAUGAAGAUACUCAGAAUCUUGUAGCUGUUCCUUCUGCAGUACACGCCGGUCCUGGUCCUAGCAAAGAAACCAGUAUAGUUGCUACGGACUCUCAGUCAACUGCUCCUAAAGAUUGUUUGGCAGGAGUCAUCUCAGACUCUUGCGUCUCUGAUAUACCGCCACUAACUGCCACAGUUCUUCCACCUCUAACAAGUGAUGUUGCAGCUCACGCUCCCAUGUCUUCUUCACCUCUUCCUGAGGUUCCUCAGGUACCUCCAGAUGAUGACGAUGAGUUAAAUUCGAUGCUAGAUCUCUUUUCUGUUGUCAAUGACGAGUGUUUACUUUUUGACGAUUUCGACUGUCAGAAUGAGGUUAGACAUGAGACUGGUGUUUUUGUUAACGAGGAAGCUCCAGUUUUCUUAGGAGAUGGCAAUUUCAGUGGAAUGUUUGACCUGAGCAACGAGCUAGUCAUGGAGCUGCAGGAUCUGAUACAGCCAGACACUCCUCCUCCUCCUCCUCCUCCUCCGGCUCAAGCCAGUAAUCCCGAUGACUCAAGUAGCAACGGUCAGACUUAGGACCAGUUAGUAUAUGCCUGCUGAUGUAUGAUCUUUCUUGCUUUGAUGGUCUAUUGAAACAGAGACCAAACAUAUAAAGCGUUUAACCAGAAUGUUUUCUUCUGUUGCCAUCUCUGUCUGCACGAAAGAUGUGGAGGCAGCUUUCUAUGUUAUGUUUCUGCAACAAUGUUACUGUCUGUGUAGUAUUAAAUUUCAUCAUCAUUUGAAGUGGCAAAGACCAUUGCUUUUAACUUGUGUAAUUCCAUGGAUUCUUAGUUUCAAUGAUAAUGCCAACACAUUAGUUUUAA